AUCUGUCUGUGAGCAGCGGAUAGGUUCUCAUUGUUUGCCAUUUCCAGUUUCCAGUAAUGGGAACGAUUACUUGAACCAGACAGGUUCUGCUGGAUAUCUGAAAAAACUUACCACAUUUCAUGGCAAAACUUUAUCUAGUUCCAUAAAACAAACAAACAACAAAAUCUUUUACUUAUUUUUUGAACCUUGAAGCAAAUCCCAUCUGAUGAUGAAUAUUGUUUUAUUUUGGAAAUAAGUAUCUGUUCUUCAGAAACGAGAUGUAUCUUGCUCUUCUGGUGAUUUUCUUGCACUGUUCAGAACUUUAUGCUCAGCAGAGAGUUUUUACUUUCAACGUAGUUGAAAUCAAGGUUCGGCCAUCUGUCAAAGUGAAGAAUGGAGCUCCUAUGUCAAUCAUCUGCCAUGCUGAUAUUAGCAAAAAAAGUGAUUUCCAGCUGAGGCAUAAUUUUACAAUUUUUAAGGAUGGCAAGCUUGUGUUCAUGAUCUCAUCAGAUAAAGCAGAGGCGCAGUACGGAAUACCUGUAACUAGAUCUUCAGAUACAGGAGACUAUCAGUGUACUGUGGAAGCAGGAGGGAAGACAAAGUCUAGUAACUCUUUACACGUUUGGGUAGCAGGAAUGACCAAACCAAUACUGACUGUUGAGAAAAAAGAAGUUUUAGAGGGUGAAUUUGUAAAAUUACGCUGUGAACUGCCAGAGGAAGAACCUCCUUUACAUUUCUUUUUCCAGAAGAUAAACACGAAUUCAACACCUAAACAAAAACAUGUAAUCGAACCACACAGAAAUUUUUCCACUAUGGAAUUUCCUGUUGAAGAGGGGGAUAAUAUUUUACAUUUUGAUUGCUUUGGUGGGAGACAUGUAAAGCUUGAAUUUGAAAACUCAGAACCCAGUAACAGAAUACUUGUUACAGUCAAGGAACCAUUUAUAAAGCCUACUUUGAAUGCUAAGCCCUCAAGUAAUAUUACAGAAGGAGACAGAAUACAGUUUGAAUGCUCUACUGUGGUAGCCCGAAUGCAUAACAUUGAAAUCAUGCUCCAGAAAAACAAAACUAUCCUGAGCAGUGUACAAGAUGAGAAGAUUUUGAAAUACUCUACAGUAGCUACUCUAGAGGAUAGUGGUGAAUACCUGUGUAAGGUGGAGCAAGGGAGAGCCUCUAAAACCAGCAAGCUGAAUGUUGUUGUGGCAGAGUUAUUCCCUAAGCCAGUACUGACUGCUUCUGCAGUUAAGCUGGAUGAAAAUAAGGAAUUAACCUUGAACUGCAGCAUUAGUGGUUUUCGGAAAGCUAACUUCUCUAUAUUAAGGAAAAAUUCAAAUGGAGACAUUUGGUUGAAAAAUUCUAGGAACUUAACAAUGAGAGUUCAUGUGAAUGACACUGGAUCUUACAUCUGUAAAGCUGAAGUAAAAGGAAUAGUCAAGGAGAGCAAACCUGUAAAGAUAAACAUUUAUGCUCCAGUCUCCAAGCCAACUCUUUCUGUUGUCAGUGGUUUACCUGAAGUAGUGUUAGGGAAGCCUCUACAGUUAAUCUGUCAUUCUGUGAUGGGAACACCACCGAUAACAUUCACAUUCUACAAAGGAAAUGAAUUUAAGAAUAUAGUAGUUAAUGACACAUAUGCAGUAUUUGUGGAUGACAAUAUUGGACAAAAUGACAAAGAAGGAUACAAAUGUGGUGCUAGAAAUAAUCACUCCAGUGGUAUGAAAACUAGCAAUAUUCUAAACAUCACGGUGAUAGUACCAAUCAGGAAUGCCAGCUUGGGCAGUAAUCCUUAUGGGCAAGUGGAAGAUGGCAGUGAGACUGCUUUUCUCUGUUCUGUAAAAGAAGGGUCGUGGCCAAUCCACUUCAAGAUUUUUAAAAAAACUGAUCAUGAAGUCCUUUUAUUUGAAAAAAGUGAGAAUGCAGACAGAAUCUUGUGGCGCAAGGAAGCAAUGAACAGACAGGACACAGGAACCUAUUACUGCAUUGCUUCAAAUCGAGCUAAUGUGGAUGUGAAGAGCCAUCCAAUAACCAUUAGUGUUGUCCUAGCGGCUUGGCAGAAAGGAGUCAUUGCUGCAUUUGUCCUAAUACCUGUUGCAGGAGCAAUAGCUCUCACUUUAUGGUGGUUUUUGUUUAAGAAAAAAACAGCUAAAAGACCGUCCAUGGAGAUGUCUGGAUCUGCCUUGGCUACAGACCUGAAGAGUGAAAAACUGACAAGACAGAACAAUGAUGGAGACUAUUAUUCUGGAUCAGGUUACAUUGAAGAUGGUGAAAACCACAUGAAAUCAACAGAUGAAAAUAAAGGACCUGACCUUGGGAGUGCUGAGGUGGAGUACACUGAAGUUGAAGUAUUGACGCUUGAUCCUCACAGAGCUCCUGUACAGAAGGGGACUGAAACAGUUUAUAGUGAAAUCAGAAAAGCUAAUAAUGAGAAUACAAGGGCCUCCUGAUGCUACUUAGAACAGCCAUCUCAAACGUUGACUGGCAGAAGAAAACAAAUCAAGAUGGAAGAUGUUGCAGCUGUUUCAAAAGCUCUCUUUAUGAGUUUGCCGGGCUCUUUUCAAAGUUUACUUCUCAGGGGGUCAAUAGAGAUGUUCCUAAAGCAUUUAAUGGAAAAAAAUUUCCUAUGAGAAUUUCUAAGUGCCUCUGGAAACCACUGACCUAGCUUCCCAUCUUUAAUUUCACCUGCUAAUGCAGUUUGGUCUCUCUAGCCUCCAAUUGAUCAUGCUUUGAGGAAGUAGAAGGGGAAGCUACAGCUGAGGAAGUACAUUUCUACAGUGCAGUAACUACUGUGAUACUAGAUAACUAAGCUUGCUUUAAACUAGUUAAUUUGGUUAUCAAUAACACUCUACUGUAGCAGAACAGAGCUCAGCAGCUCAGCACAGCCUGGUCAGCUAUGUGUGUGCUUUGAUAAGAUCUUGCAGCUUGUGCUGAGCUCCCUGUGCUGCAGCAGCUGGACUGCUACAAGUUUUGGAGCCAGUUAAUUUAUAGCUAGCUUGGAUGUUAUACUGCAGCGAUGGGUCUAAUGGAAGAACAAACUCUGGGAUCUCUAAAAACUUGAAUAACUGUUCGAAGAUUCAGUACUUUACCAAGUACUUCUAUCAGUACUUUACCAAGUACUUCUAUCAGUAGAGGUACAAAUAUUCUUGUUCUUUGCUGAAUUGCUUUCCCCCUCUAAAAGUUCUAAUGUCCUUUUUUUUUUUUUUUUUGGAUGGCUCUUCAAGGAAUAAUUGCCCAUCACAGUUAUUCUGGAUAAUGCAAAAUACAGGUCUUUGGUGGGCGCAUAUACGAUACCCAGAUCAAUGAGCUUGUGCCUGAAAAUUCUGCCAUGUAUAAUCCUCAUUCAUUUGAUUUUAGGAGAGAUCCAAAGUUGUACUUACGUCCAAUUUGGAGCUUCAUAUCUAUCCUUUCUCUCUAUAGUAUGAUAAACCACUAUCAUGGCUUUUGAAGAUCACCUUCAAUCCAAAACUGUUGCUGGAAUGCUAUUUCAAAUUAGGGGUUCAGUAAAGUCCUGGCUAUAAACUUCAGGCUAGACUAGAUUGCUUUAGUUUUAAUAAAUAGAAAAAUGAAAAGUACUGUCCCCAACCCUUCAACCCAUCGGUCUCUGACAUCGCAAUUGCUCUCCUUUUCUUACUGCAGAUUAAAUUACUACAUGAUCUGGGCCACAGGUAAGAAGGUUUUCAUUUUAAUCAGCAAAUAAUGAAAGAGAAGACAUGGAUUUGUAUAUACAUAUAUAGUUACUGCUUUAUGCAUUGUAGGCGCAAAACCAGCAAGAAGUACAAAAGGGUGUUACAUCCUCAUUCCAAACACAUUUAAAUUUUCCGAUUCUAGUUACUGGCUAAUAUCUCAUUAAUUUAUUGUUCCCUAUGAAAAUGUUGUUUGUAUCAUAAAUCUUUCAUAAAUUACUUCAGAGCACUCUUCUGUUGGCAAAUGUUCAUUCUAACAUCCCACCAGUGCCUAUACAAAUGUGUUACUAUAGGGAAUGUGAAAAGGUAUUUUAAUAAAUAAAUCUUUUAAUUGAA